AUGCCAAGCGAUUUGAUGUCCCAGUCAUACUUCAUAACAGCAAUUAACAGCAAUAUUAUUGCACAAUUUCAGUCUUUGGGCAUUUUCUUUGGAGAUAGUCUCUCGUUGUUCGAGUAUUUAGUAAAAGAAUCGAUUCUGAAAGAUCGAAAUGGAGAUAGCUGUGCUUUAAACCAGUCUGCUGUUUACAAGGCUUUGUUUGAUCAAGGCUUUGAUGCCCACGACGCGCUUGAAGAUGUGAAAGCUCUACAUCGUAUUCUGUUCUCCUCGCCGUUAAACCUUUCGGAAAAAGAUCUGAUCACACAUUGUCAAGCAAAUCCAUUUGACGAAGCUUACCAGGAUAAUCUGUAUCUAGACCAACGACAUCAACUUGUACAGACACUCAACACCAAACCGCAUGGAACAAUCAGCAAAGGCAUGGUCGAGAAAAUCGCCAGCAGUGGCUUGAGCUUCGCGAAUUUACAAAGUCUGUUUGAUAGGUUUGGCAGGAAUGGACUGAUUGGAGUUCUGUCUAACCCGCCGACAAACAAUCGUGGAUCCAAAAAGCCAAGAGUGACAAAAUCGAAGCGAAUUUUGCUUGCUAUCGUGCAAUACUUCGAACAAACCGCCAGCGAGCAGUAA